GCAAGGCCAAUUCUGGUUGUCUUAUUUGGUAUUCUCCAGUGGCUCAGCGCAAUACCUAAUACAUAGAAAAACUUGGACGGGUCGUCAGCAAUGCAUACAUAAAGAUGUCGGAUUCGCCGUGUGUCGAAACAGCCAAGGGACCAGUCAGGGGUAAAGCUGUUGGAAGCUCAAAAUACCCGAACGCAAAGCAAGUUUACAGAUUCAGUUCGAUUCCAUUUGCCAAACCACCCACCGGAGAUCUUCGCUUUGAACGUCCGCAAGAUGUAGAACCAUGGUCUGAAGUACUUGACGCGACUCGACAGAUCGUUUCUCCUAUGCAAGACACCUCAGCGUGGGAGCAGCUAAAGGCUGUUAUGGUUUCGGAAGACUUGCCAAAGCAAGAUAUAGAGAACAUUAGCGAGGAUUGCCUAUACUUGAAUGUCUACACUAAUGAUUUAAAUAGCAAAGCAAAUUUGCCGGUGUUGGUUUGGUUAUAUGGCGGUGGUCUUACCAUGGGCGGUGCAUUGGGCUACAACGGACAGACUAUAUGCAGCAUGCAAGAUGUAGUAGUUGUGAUCCCAAAUUACAGAGUGAAUGUAUUCGGUUUCUUCACGGCUGGAAAGGACACAAAAUGGAAGGGCAACAUGGGAUUCUUCGACCAGCUUAAAGCAUUGGAGUGGGUGAAACACAAUAUUCAAGUAUUUGGGGGAAAUCCUGAAAAUGUGACAAUCUUUGGCGAAAGUACUGGUGGUUUUUCCGUCGGAUAUCAUGUUUUGUCGCCGCUUUCACGGGGUUAUUUUCAUCGUGCUAUAUCUCAAAGUGGGACUGCGACCAUGCCAACUAUGAUGAAAACAGAAUACACAAACUUUAGAAAGUGCAUGCUGGAACAUUUGAAAAUUACAGCUACGAACCCGGACGAAAUAGUUGCUGAAAUGAAAAAAAUCAGCGCCGAUAAAAUAAUGGAAGCGCAGGCGGAAGGGUUUAAAACUUGUCCAUUUGAAGCAUUCGGUGCCUCAAUCGAUGGCGAGUUUAUUCUUGAAGAUGCGUUGGAUGGAAUUAGAAAUUCGUCUAAUAUUGCCCCUGUACCGUAUAUGGUUGGGUGUAACAACACAGAGGGGUUCGGGAUUAUCUCUGGAAUGAUUCCUGAGUUUGAAUCCGGAUCGACGAAGGAAGGAGUUAUGGAUUUUCUUAAAAUGAUCUUGCAAUACAAAACCUGCACUGAAAAACAACUAAAAAAUAUUGCGGAAUCGCUUCUGAAAAACUAUAGCAAAAAUUAUUCCGCGGAGGAUAAACUCCGAUGGAGCAAAGCAGCAGGAGAAAUAUUGGGGGACUUGUGGUUUGCAGUGCCAUCGUUGUUGCAAGCUAAUGCUCAUGCAGGCGCUGGCCACCCGACGUACUUUUACUACAUGACCCAAAUUUCAAAGUUCUGUCACAGCAAAGACCAUGUAUUAUCUGGCGAUUUAAAACUUAAAGUUGACUUUUGCGAGUGUGACCACGGCGACGACUUAACUUAUACCUUCGGAUUGCCAUACGCCACCACUAAAUUGUCGUCAGAAGUUAAAUUCACCAAAGACGAGUGCAAAAUGUCAGAGCAAUGGAUGAACUAUAUUGUAAACUUUGCAAAAACUGGGAAUCCUAACACCGGGAAUAAAGAUGUUCCCGUGGAAUGGCCAGUCUACAAGUCUUCGGAAAGAAACCACUUGGUAGCGCAAAUUCCAUUCGGGACUGGUCAGAACUUAAGUGGAGACAAGUUCAAACUACACACCGAAACGAUUUCCGAAAUGAGCAAAUAAAAAAUGGUCUUGUUUGUUCUAAUUUCUCAUGUACUGAUACCGAUAAUUUACAAAAGCCCUUCUGCAUUGCCUAAUAAAUUCCUUAAUCACUU